AUGUUUAAAAAUCUCAAAGAAAAACAUGGCAAUGUGUUCGACUCCAAGAAAUCCAAUCCACCGCCGAAGAGCGAGCGCGGCCAAGAUCUGACGUCAAUAUUGGACCGUUCUGAACGUGCCGACCUCACGGUUCUUGUAGCGGAGAUCGCGCAAUCGAUGCGAAUUGGUAUUCUCGAGAUAUUUGAGAGUUUUGAUGAGCCAAAGCCGUCUGGAAAUGGCUCAUCUCCGAAUCGAAAACCGUCCGACCAGGGCGAUGAUGAUGCAACACCCCCAUUGCCGCCCAGGCCUGAUGGGGCGAAAGCAUCACCACCCCUGGGGAGCAGAAAUCAGCAAGCGGCUGCGAGAAAUGCUAGAGUCAAAGCUCGCGCUAAAGCGAAGACACUUUCUCACUUUGAUGAUUGGAGAGAUGCUGUCUUAUUGAGACUCGGCGAGGUUGUUAAUAAGGAUGAUGAGAAUGAAGAAGACAAUAACAAAGAGCCUUCAGAUGCCGCUAAGUCAGAUGACGUUCCCAUUGUCCAGGACGAAGAAAGGCUCGCAAAGCUUUGUCAAAUCUACCAUCCUGUGGAAUCGCCGCUGGCGCAAGUUCCUAAGGCGACAAGACUGCUUAUUCUACAUUCGCUUCUUCUAUUGCUGCUCAGUCUGGAAAAGUAUACUGCCUAUUCUCGAGUUUUGAUGCUUCAUGUUGCAUCUAGCUUGGGUAUAGAUAUCGAUGUGCUGAAUCAAGACGAAGUCAAGGUUGCACGUGGACUUCUUGACACGGCGCUAGCGCUGUCAUCACAGCCGGAGGCCAAGCAGCAAGUGAAGAAGAGUGAUGAUUCUCGGAAAUGGAAAGUCGGGAUUGCUUCAGUUGCCGGCGCUGUUCUUAUUGGCGUCACCGGUGGUCUUGCAGCUCCGUUGGUUGCAGCUGGUAUUGGAACCGUCAUGGGUGGACUAGGCCUCGGUGCCACUGCAGCUGCCGGGUUAUUGGGAACUCUGGCAGGAAGCGGCGUUGUUGUUGGAGGCCUUUUUGGAGCCUAUGGAGGUCGUAUGACUGGCAGGAUGAUGGACAAGUAUGCCAAGGAGGUAGACGACUUUGCCUUCAUCCCUACUCGCGGUUCACGGAGCCGUCGGACCGAGGAUGAGAGUGAAGCUGCUAAGCAAGACCAUCGGCUGCGAGUCACGAUCGGUGUGACUGGCUGGGUGAAAGAAGAGUCUAACUUUGUUGUUCCCUGGCGAGUACUCGGUGCUGACUCUGAGGUCUUCGCGCUUCGUUGGGAAAUGGAGCCACUGAUGAAGCUGGGCAAUGCAAUCUCCGCACUGGUUACGAGCGCGGCAUGGUCUGUCGCCGGCCGAGAAGUCUUGACCCGCACAAUUUUCGCCACUAUCAUGAGUGCCGUUAUGCUUCCGAUGGGUCUCAUGAAGGUCGCUGGCAUCGUGGAUAAUCCAUUCAGCGUUGCCAAGGCCCGGGCCGACAAAGCGGGUGAAGUUUUGGCAGAUGCAUUGAUCAACAAAGCUCAAGGAGAACGGCCAGUGACUCUUAUCGGGUAUUCUCUGGGUUCUCGCUUGAUCUUCUCGUGUCUACAAACGUUGUGCAAGAGAGGUGCAUACGGUCUCGUGGAGUCAGUCAUUGUGAUGGGAUCACCAACUCCAUCCGAUGCCGAGUAUUGGCGCCGCAUUCGCAGCGUCGUAAGUGGCCGCGUUGUCAAUGUCUACUCUGAGAAUGACUCAGUCCUUGGAUUUCUCUACCGGACUAGUAGUCUCCAACUGGGAAUCGCUGGUUUGCAGCCCGUUGAAAACGUGCCCGGUGUCGAGAACCUCAACGUCAGUGACAUGAUCAGUGGUCACCUUCGAUACCAAUAUCUGCUAGGAAGGAUCAUAAAAUCUGUCGGGCUGCAAGAUGUCGAUGUCAAUGAGAUCGAAAGUGAAGAGCAUGCCCUGGCAGUUGAAGAUGAAAAGCUGGAGGCUGAGAGGACCAAAAAUGAAACCGAAGCGGGUAUCAAAGAUCGUGAAUCUUCGACUGCUCGUGAUACUCUGAAUAGCCAGGACGGAUUCGGCGAGGAACAGCGUAUGGAAAAGCAGGUUGAGUCUCAGACCGAGGAGAACAUGACCCAGCACCGGAUACAAAUGAUGGACUUGGAUGAUGCGGACUACUCUACCCCGUUGGUGGAUCAUGCGGGAAAACACUCCGCCCUUUGA